UCUUUCUGGGAAAAAAAACGUUUCCUCGUCUGUCAUAUGCAAAGCAAAAGGGAAGACUGAUAAAUCGUCUGGAGACUGAAUAAAAACAUCACUUUUCCGACGGAGGAAAACCCCCGUAGUUUGAAUUAUAAAUGAGAUCCCUGCCUUCAAUCAGCCAGCCUUCUUAAUGCUAAAGCUAGCAGCCGCAUUCGGUCUCUGUUAGCCGUUAUCACGUCGCUAUCUGAGUCUCCAAACACACCGCCUUUGUGGCGAUGAGCACGGACCUGCUAUCUGAGCUGGACAGCCGUUUCUUCGCUGAUAACCUCCUGACCAGCGAAGACUGGGAUGCCUGCCUGUACCAGUGUGAGAGCAUGGAGGAGGGAGAGGACGGAGACUUCAGGGGGUUGAAAUACGACACGUCGUUUGACAAUGACCUCGUGCUCACCCUCGAUCCUGACAACCCUACGUCACCGUGGCAACACAGUGACGACAACCUGCUCACAGGAGACACUCCGGUAAUAAAAAAUGAAAUGACGAUUACUCAGCCUCUACCAGUGGAAAUGUUGUUCCAGGUGAAAGCUGAGCCUCCCUCUCCUGCGUCGUCACUCGGGUCUGACUGCUCCAUAUCAUCUCCAGACUCGCAGAUCACAGUUAAAGGUGAAAACCCUCCGACUCCACCCUACAUGUACGGAGAUGUGCUCUCUCCUCCGCUGGGAUCCAUGGAGGUCACCGUGGCAACAACAGCCGUACCCCCACCACAGACGCAGCUUCCUGCUGUAACACAGACACCGUUAACAACACAGAUCCCAGCGGUCAUCAGCGGAUUACAGACGCAGGCUACAGUCCUGCCAGGUUCAGCCACAUUAAAGGCCAGCACCAUCCUGAGCACAAAACCUCCCAUCCAGCCCAGACCUGUGUGUGUCACCACCCUCCCUGUCCCCCAGACCCCGGCACCAGCCAAGACCCUCAUACUGCAGGGCCUCCCCUCCAUGGACCAGACCAGACCUGUCGUCCUGUCUCAGUCCGUCUGUCUCGGUUCAGCUCCGGCCAUCGUCAAGAUGGAGCCCGUGUCUCCCAGCAUCCCCCAGCACUGCUCCAGCCCCACAGCCCCUCCCACCAGCAAACCCAUCGUCCCGGCGACCACAACGUUACCCGGCAACAACUCCAGUGAUAUUGAUAUGAAGGUGCUGAAGCGGCAGCAGAGGAUGAUAAAGAACCGGGAGUCGGCCUGCCAGUCGAGGAAGAAGAAGAAGGAGUACCUGCAGAACCUGGAGGCUCAGCUCAGGGAGGCCCAGCAGGAGAACGAACGACUCCGCAGGGAGAACCAGGCGCUGAGGGAGAGACUGGCUGGGAAAGAGGGCAGCGACUCUGCGAGUAACAAGAGAGCUGUUUGUGUCAUGGCCGUUCUGCUGUUCAUGACCUUCAGCUUCGGACCUGUCAGCAUCACAGACAAGAGGCUGUCGACGGGUCUACAGGAAAGCGUGGUGUCGUACACGGGACGGCGGCUGCUGGAGAUCGAACAACAACAACAGCGGCAGCAGGCGGCUGCUCAGCCUCCGAGCAGAGUGGAGGACAAGACGGAGACGGAGGAGGACGGAGCAGAGGCAGAGAAAUACGCCUCGGAGUCCUAUCAGUUCAGGAACCUGAGCGACGUCUUCAGCGACAUGAAGGACCUGGUUCUUCAGGACAUCGACCGGUACUUCACGUCCUCAGACUGCAGACAGUUCAACCGCUCCGAGUCGCUCAGGUUGGCAGACGAGCUGAGAGGUUGGGUUCACCGACAUCAGAUCGACAGGAAGAAGUCUGGAGGAAAACCAAAGAUCGCCAAGAAGGCCAAGAUCGCCCAGAAAGCUCAGCUGAGGAAGACCAACUUCUCCAGAUAUCUGCCCAUCCAGACUCAUCGCUCCAUAGAGAGUCAGCUGCAGGUGCUUCCUGGUCCUGAGGUCACCUACAGCGACUUCCUGGACGCCAUCGACCGCAGAGAGGACACGUUCUACGUCGUGUCUUUCAGACGGGACCACCUGCUGUUACCGGCCAUCAGCCACAAUAAAACCAGCAGACCCAAAAUGUCUCUGGUGAUGCCGGCCAUGUCCGUUAACGAGAGUCUGUAUAACUCCUCUCAGGGUUAUGAGAUGAUGAUGCAGGUCGACUGCGAGGUCAUGGACACUCGAAUCGUCCCCAUCAAGUCCUCCGCCGUCCCUCCAUCUCUCCGCGACCCUCCCCCGCCUCCCCCCUCCUCCCACCACAACCCUCACCACCACCACCAUCACCACGGCAACCACACCUCGCUCCGAGGACGCCACCAGCACCACCCGUCCUCCUCUCCCUCGUCCUCCUCUCCGUCCUCGGCCUCCUCCUCCUCGUCGGCUCCGAGGCAGCCUUUACCCGCCCGGCGACCGACAGCUGAAUAUUUGAUCAGCCAGUCAGAAGGGGUCUGAGGAGGCGUUGCCAUAGUGAUGGUAGACAACAGAGGCGGUGGAAAACAGAAAACACGGAGAUUAGAGAAAGGAACAUUCAAACCUUGAGAUGGUAUCUUUAAAAAUAAUCUCAUCGUCCCGACAGCAGGUAACGUUUCUCCUCUGGCACAUACACUUCACUUUCCCUCCAUGAGAUGCAUCCAGAGGGUUUAACUCCUGUAAACACAGCUGUUACUGUCACUGAGAUCAACCUCUCUCAGAUUUCGAGGUUGAAAAUAUGAAUAAAAAUCUCUUUAGAAGAUAACGUCCUAAUAUAUAAGAAUAUAUUUCUAAAAUCUAAAGUUGGAUGCAGACACAGCAGCACACUGCACUUAGAAACAGUGCUGCCUUUUAAUAUUUAAUUGUACAGUUUGAAUGAAGAGUAGAGUGUAAAGUUUCUGUUGGUCCUGAGGUAAAAGUUGGUUUUAUAUCAUCUUUAAAACAAACAAAAAAACGGUUUGUUUCUGUCGCUGGUUGUCGCCGCGCUCGUUGUGUCGGAACCACUUGAGCCAACAGGUGGCGCUGCAGGGCUGCACGGUCACAGCUAAAAGAACACCAGUGAACAAGUCAGGAGAUUUCCACUUCAGCAAUAAAGCAGUUUAUCAAUCAUGAAGCUAAAAUCAGAGUGUGUAAUCCAACAGGCGGAGCUGUGCAGCCUCAGCAGGAGAAACCGUUUCCUCCUGAAAUCAGCGCUUUACCUCGACACUACUGACGUCUCCGCUCACAGUCGUUUGUAUAUUUGUGUCGUUUGUGGCUCUCAGUCGCUCUCAGGCUACAAGCAGGGAGCAGGAACAGAAAACAUGUAGUCUGGAUGUUUGAUAUCAGAACUGACGGCUGCUGCCUGAAGGAGGAUCCUGAGCAAAGACAGAUACUCAGAUCUCCGUCAGUGGUUUCAGUUAAAUUCAUCAUGUACAGUGAAAACCAGAUGAACCGAUAAACAGAAGAUCCAAUGUUUCAUUUUUUAAUAUCAGUUAUCAUCACUACAGACAAACUGAGGCUCAGAGUGAAUCAUUAUCUCUGGUGAUUAAACCACAGAGCCACUGAUAGAGCUUUAGUGCCUUGCUCAAAGACUCAUCAUCCCUCUGGUCCCUGCACAAAAAACCACUUCACAGCAUCACAGAGAUCCUCCUUCAUGUGGCGUCCGUCAGCUUUAUCCACUCUUUUUUUUUUUUUAAUUAGAAGAAUCAUGUUCUUGUUUUGAAGGGUGAUUAUUUAAUGUUUGUAAAAAGUGUUCACUCUGUAGAUAUUUUGUUUUUCAUCUUUUUAUAAUUUUUUAUUUCUUUGUCUUUUGAGAACAAAAAGAAAAAAUAAAGAAAAAUACUGAAUAUGUUGCUCGUCAGGCUCGCAGUGCAAACAUUUUUUAAUAUUUUCUAUUUUGUGUUGGACCAACCACCUUCACUCACUCAGUCUGUGCUCAUAGUUUCAUUUUCUCUGUCCUGAUACAGUAUAUUUAUGGAAAUAUAUACACAGAUUUUUUUAUUGUACAGAAUGAACUUGUAGCUUCAGUUUCUCCUAAAAACAAAAACAGACCCAGAAAAGAAAAGAUGAGAUGAGAGAUUUGAGCCGUGGAUGUGGAAGAGAUGAUCUUAUCUUUUUUAGAUUUUGAAUCCCGUGUAGAAGCUACACAAAAUAAAGGGCCAUUCAGACAAAUAGUUGGUGUGCCCCUUUAAGAUUUCACCAGUUUAAUUCAACAAAACUUAAAAACACAAAGGUUGACAAUCAGAGAAAAUAAAAGAUUUGGAAAGACAUUUGUAAUUAAGCUUUUUUGCUUUCUUGUCCAGAGUUUGCAGUUUUACAGGAGGUUAAGAAACCGUCUUGUUCACAUAGUGACUGAACAUCUCUCAGCAAGAAGCGAAUAACUGUGUAUUUCUCAAAAUGUUGAACUGUUCCUUUAACUGAUCUGAAACUUGCUUUAUCUUUAUCUUUGGCUCUGAUUUCCUUUUCUGUGUGUUUGUGAAGCUCUUUGUCCCUUUGUGCACGCUCCUCAUCCAUGUCUGGAAAAAGAAAGAAAAACAAUGGGAACUUUUGUUUUUUAUUCUUUUUAUUUUUUAUACUGAUUGAAUUUGUUACUUUUGUGUAAGGAAAUGCAAAGGUGAAAAAAGAGGGUGUGAAGUCAAAUGUUUGAAGCUAAAUUUGGCAGCAGUUUUUUUAAAGGGGUUGUGUGCAGAUGUUUUUAAGUGUAAUAAGUGUAAUAUUCCUCGUGUGGUCGGUGGUUCUGAACUGAUGAGUCAGAAACAUUUAAAUACUAAAAACACAGGAUGGAGCAGAGGUUUCAGUUCCUCUUCAUGUUUCUGUCUUCAAAGCAGAACCAGAGGAGAAACACAUUAAUAAUAAUGUGGAAAUACAGUUUGUUUUUUCUGGUUGAUCAAAACUGUGUUUGGAUAUUGAACUUAAAUUACUUUGAGUAAUUCAUUAUCAAAACCUGUUGAGUCCAAGGCUGCAACUAAUCAAAACAAUAUUUUCAUCAUCGAUUUCCUGAUUAUUAUCAGAUGAUUAUUUUCUCAAUGAAUUAUUCUGUCAAGAAUAAAACAUGCUCGUCACAGCCCAAACUGACGUCUUCAGAUGUUUGAUAUCAACAGUCCAGAACCCAAAUAUGUUCAGUUUAACGUUUUUCACUGGAGUUUCAGACCCAGUUUAAGAACCAUCGACCUGAUCUGAUCAGAGAUCAGUCGCCGCAGCUUCAUCGUUUAAUCAGACAUUUAAAAAGGGUUUGGAAAAAGCACAUUUCCUUCACACAGAGUGAAAGCAUGAAACCUGUGGGGUAACGCUGAAGUGUAACUAUAAUACAGUAUGCUUUUUUAUUUAAAGUUAAAUCAGAAAUAUGUAAAUACGUCUUUGUAAUUCCAAUUUGAACUGCUUCCUGUUAUGUUUGUAGGAAAUGACGCGCUGACUUUGAUAAAGAUAAUAAACUUAAA